AUGAAAUUUCUCAAACAAAAAGAAUCACUUAAAUUAGAAUGUAUCUGUCCUGCACCAAAAAAUAAGGUUAAACUUCAUGGGAGCUUAUUGCCAAAUACGAUACGUAGUAUUGUAUGCCGUCCAUCAAAUUGCGGAAAAACUAACUUAGUUAUCAGCUUAAUGUUACAUCAGAACGGACUGCGUUUUCGUAACCUUUAUGUAUAUUCAAAGUCUUUAUAUCAACCUAAAUACUUAUUUUUAGAAAAAGUAAUGCAGAAUGUGGAAGGUAUAUCUUAUUACAAGUAUAAUCAUAAUAGCGAAAUUUUGAGUCCACACGAAGCUUCGCCUAACUCAAUUAUAAUAUUUGACGAUGUAGCUUGUGAAAAUCAGAACAACAUACGCGAUUAUUUCGCCAUGGGUCGACAUAAGAACAUUGACUGUUUUUAUAUUAAUCAAACGUAUACUAAGAUACCUAAGCAACUAGUUAGAGAUAACACUAACCUGAUCAUAUUGUUUAAACAAGAUGACGUAAAUCUGAGACACAUUUAUUACUAG